GAAGAGUUAGUAAAGGACAACACUUUAUUUAUCUGCGUAUGUGAUCAUAAAGUGUCGAAAGAAAGUCAUCGUAGAAAUUUUCACGAAUCGAGACUUCAGCAUUAGAUAACUUCUGAAAUAUGUUUCGCCUUCUUGUGGUGAUGACGGUGCUCCUUAUGACGACUGACGCGCAAUUAUCGAUUUUGCAUGAAAGUUUUUUGGCAAUGAUGGAUUUUCUGCCAUUUAUUUUGGAAAAAGCUGACACCAAGUUGCAAAAAGUUCCUUCAGUUCAGAAUUUUCCUUCGGUACGUUUGACCAACAUCGACAACGUGAUUUAUUAUGGCACUAUUAGCAUUGGAAUUCCACCGCAAGAAUUUAAAGUUGUGUUUGAUAGUGGUUCCCCAUAUCUUUGGAUAUUUCCCAAAAAGUCCACAAAUCCUGUUGCUUUGACACGUAGUCAAUAUGAUAAUACGUCUUCCAACCCAUACAUACCAAAUAAUACAUCAUUUCAUGUAUUAUUAUACCGAUACCUCGAUUAUAAUGUAACAGGAUUUCUAUCUACUGAUACAGUAAAUGUUGCCAACCUCAAUGUAGAGAGGCAAACAUUUCUAAAAGCGGUAAAUAUAUCAAACGAACAUAUGCUUGAAUCAUACUUAAAUAAAUCUGACCGAAAAUAUGAUGGUCUUUUGGGCCUGAGCUAUCAACAAACAUUCGAACCAUUUUCUGUCAUCGAGAAUAUGAUUCAUCAAGGACUAAUGUCAUCAGGCAUUUUCAGUUUUUAUCUAAAUAGAAACGCUUCAGCCGAUUUCGGUGGUAAAUUGAUAUUCGGUGGUUCCGAUCCUGCUUAUUACGAAGGGGAUUUUACAUAUAUUCCUGUUACUAACAGAAAAUAUUGGCAAUUUACCAUUGAUAGUAUCCAAAUAAAUGAUUUUACUUGGUUCGAGGAAAGCUGCCAAGCUAUCGUUGACACAAGUAUUUGGAAAAUAAUUGGUCCAGAAAAGGAAGUCUUACUUAUUAAUCGACUUAUUAAAACUAAUUCAUAUGGAAAUGUGGACUGCAAUAGAAUUUCUGAAUUGCCUAUAAUCAGGUUUAAUUUGGGUGGUAAGACAUUCGAUCUUACCGGUAAGGAUUAUAUCAUUCGGCAUCCAUAUGAUAAAAGUACAUGUGUAACCGUCUUCUGGAAACACGAGUCAACAUAUAAAGAUGAUGUAAAAUGGGUUCUGGGGAUGCCAUUUAUUGGCCGUUACUACACUGAGUUUGAUAUGGAGAAAGGCCGAGUGGGAUUUGCUUUGGCGAAAAAUGUAUAAAAUUUAUCAAAAUGUACAGAAAAUUUCAUUGUCACCUUUUAUUGUGUAUUUAUCAUCAUUUUUAAAAUUAUUUGUUUAGUUUUCGGUAAGAAAAAAAUUUAAUUUUUUAAUCGCCAAUCGACAAAGUUCGCAUACUGUCAAUGUAAAUUUUUGCGUAAUAUCUACAUAACUGCGUCUUAAUUUUCAACAACAAUACUUUCUCGUGAAAGCAACUGAUUUGAGCUUAUUUGCUAAUUAAAAUGCGAAUUUUUUGCGAGCAGUGUCAUUUGCUAAGUUCAAUGUUGCAUUGUCGUCUAGUCGAUAUAAUCAAUUUAUUCUUUCAAAAUGCUGAUUUCUCCUUCAUUAUUAUUCUUAAUCACGCACAUAUUUAAUAAUUUAUUUUAAUACAAUUUGUUUUAAUUAUAACACAAUAUAUUGUAUAAAAUAUUUUUAAAUUUGAUUGAUCGAUAAGACGUAUAAUCGAUAACACGGAUAUGUUUCGAAUGCGAGCGAUUAUAUAUAUAAUAACAGCCAAAUGUCGAUAAAUGAUAGCUCUAGUAAUCGAAUACAAUUUCUUUUUGGUAUGUCGCAACGUACAGAAAGAAAUUUAUUGCAAAUUUCGAAAACAUGUUCCGUUUUCUCGUGAUGACUGUAAUGCUGACCGAAAAUGCUGACGCGGAAAUCCAAAACUAAGUUCAUACAUUGUAAUGUAUGUUUACGUUACAUAUCAGUAUAAUAAAUAUUGAAUUUAUAAAAAUUGACCUAUUUCGUCGUCACCACAUUCGAUUUUGUGAGAUCCCAAACUUAUGUAAUGGUGAUUGCAUAUAUAGAACGAUAAAUCGUAAAUAAAAAGUUCGUGCAGUAAUAAUAAGAGUUUUCGAUUUUAUAAUAAUAUUACAAAAAUUAUAUUUUUUUGCUCGAUUUAAUAAGAAUUGGAUGUGAAAAGUUACACUGGACCUAGUAAAAUUAAUCUUGAAGCUCUCUCGUAAAUGUAGUAUUGUUGCGAAUAGAGAAUUUCGAAAGGUUUCCAGUUUUACUUUCUGCAUCGUACGUGAACAACAAUUAAUAUGCUUCCGUUUGGUGAGAAAAUCUCGUUGUUAGCGUUUUAAGACAAUCCCGCUUUAAUAUAAAAUAUUUCCAAACCGCAUUAAAUUAUCGAUUUAUCGGUUAGAUUUUAUCUGUAUUAUGCAUCAUGUGUUUUUAAAUGCAUAAUUGCGAUUUUGAUGCUGUUGAACACGACAAGCGCGUUUUUCUGAUUUACCGUAUCAUAUUAAUCGUUAUCUUAUUAUAUGUUGAUUUUUAUAAGACAAUUGAAAUUAUCAUCAUAAUAUAAUGCUUUCCAUUAUUGAAAGUUAUCUUAUUUUGAUAAA